GAAUAUCUUAGCGUGCGUCGCGUUGCCAUCCGUCGUCUCGUUUAGUGCGUUUCGUAUCUGUGCUGUAGUCGGUGCCUCGAUUUGUACGGUAUCUUCUUUUCUUGCGUAAUACUAGAACGACGUACCGCGUAACAGGAAGUGCGUCUUUUGAUUUGACUCGACGAUUCUGCGUCGCGUUAAUCAUAGCCAUCGCAGCCGUAGACGUCGCAACAAAACGUCUCGUAUUUACUUGAAACGCUGACUCGUCUCUAGACGUAAAUUAAUAUCGUCGACAGCAUAGGUAUAUACAGGAAGGCUAACGCAGGAUGGCGGAAGCCCACUCAGCCGUAGCAUUCAGUUUCGCGAUAACACACGAAGGAUGGGAUGUAAACUUCGAUCGGGAGGUGCUUCACUUGGUGUGGCUUUCUGGAGUGCGAUCAUGGAAGAAGAGAUUCUUCCGAUUUCUGAACAAUCUGAAAAGUGGCGUUUAUCCAGCUUCUUUAGAAAGCUUGUGGAUUACUAUAAUGUUAGUAACGGCGGUACAUUUUGCUGGUUAUAAAGUUCCGUAUGACCUCGUUGGAAAAGUAUCACCAUAUCUUUCCGGAACCUCUAUACUCGCGCACCUGGCAGGCUCUUUUCUAGUCGCAUUGUUCUUAUGGCUAGCGGUCAUAUACGCAAUUCGAUAUACGUUGAAAUUACUGCUUAUGUACAAAGGAUGGAUAUACGAAUCAAGGGGUAAGACUUACAAACCAUCAAGUUUGACGAAAAUCUGGCUCUUGAUGGUAAAGUUGUUCUCCGGUUGGCAUAAACCUAUGCUAUAUAGCUUCCAAGGAUCACUGCCACGAUUGCCGCUACCGUCAGUAGCUGAUACCAUGACACGGUAUUUGAGGACUGUACGGCCAUUGCUAGAUGACGAGAAUUACGCUCGCAUGGAAAGAUUGGCUACCGAAUUCCAAAAUGGCAUCGGCGUCAAGUUGCAACGUUAUUUAAUCCUCAAAUCUUGGUGGUCUACCAAUUAUGUAUCCGAUUGGUGGGAAGAGUACGUUUAUUUACGUGGAAGAUCACCUCUGAUGGUUAAUUCGAAUUUUUAUGGAAUUGAUGCCAUUCUCUCGCAUCCUACGAAUCUACAAUCUGCACGAGCCGCAGCGGUUAUAUAUUCCUGCUUGAAAUAUAGACGUCUUAUUGAACGUCAAGAAUUAGAACCAAUUCUGGUACAAGGAUUAGUACCAUUAUGUUCUUGGCAAUAUGAAAGAGUUUUUAAUACUACACGAAUUCCAGGAAUAGAGGUUGACAAAAUUGUGCAUUAUCAAGAUGCCAAACAUAUUGUAGUUUAUCAUAAAGGCAGAUAUUUUAAGGUGUUAAUUUAUUAUCGAAAUAGAAUUCUUCAAGCCUGUGAAAUAGAACUUCAGAUUCAACAAAUUUUAAAUGAUGAUUCAACACCGGCGGAGGGAGAGGAGAAACUAGCUGCAUUAACGGCUGGUGAAAGAACUAUCUGGGCGCAGACUAGAAAAGACUUUUUUGCAAAAGGUGUAAAUAAAGCUUCUUUGGAUAUUAUUGAGAAAGCUGCAUUCGUAGUCGCAUUAGACGAUGUAGCUUAUGAAUAUGAUCCAAAUCAUCCAGAAAAAUUAGAUCACUAUGGUAGAAUUUUAUUACAUGGAAAAGGAUAUGAUCGAUGGUUUGAUAAAUCUUUUACGCUAUGCAUUGGGACCAAUGGCAGAAUUGGCUUCAAUGCGGAACAUUCUUGGGCAGAUGCUGCAGUCAUGUCACACUUGUGGGAGUACGUGAUAUGUUCGGAGUUCCUAGACAGAGAGGCUGAUGCACCGGUGAUGGGAACUCUAUGGGAAUUUAUUAUGGCUGCUGAUAAUGAAAUUGGAUAUCAAGAUGGACAUAAUAUAGGCACUCCAGAAUUUACACCUCCAGCUCCACUUCGAUUGCAAUGGGAUCUGAAUGCUAAAUGUAUUGAAGCUAUUGAGCAAUCCUAUCAAGUAGCACACAAUAUAUUGAAUGAUGUUGAGUUGCGUAUUUAUGUGCACGAUGCUUACGGCAAAGGCUUAAUGAAGGCUAAUUCCGUAUCGCCAGAUGCAUAUAUACAAAUGGCACUUCAACUGGCAUAUUAUCGCGAUGCUGGGAAGUUCAGUUUAACUUAUGAAGCUUCUAUGACGAGACUAUUCCGAGAAGGUAGAACGGAAACAGUUAGACCAUGCACUAUUGAAUCUUCUAAAUGGGUGAAAGCAAUGGAGAAUAAAACAAUAACGAUAGAUGAAAAAGUUAAACUACUAAUGGAUGCGGUAGCACGACAUCAGAAAAGUUAUCAGGAUGCCAUGUGUGGUAAAGGAAUAGAUAGACAUCUAUUCUGUUUGUAUGUAGUAUCAAAGUACUUAGAAGUAGACUCGCCAUUUCUAAAGGAGGUUCUAAGUGAACCAUGGAGAUUAUCAACAUCACAAACUCCGCACGGUCAAACUGCAAAAUUAGAUUUGAAAAAAUAUCCGAAUUGCAUUUCAGCAGGUGGUGGAUUUGGCCCUGUAGCUCAUGAUGGCUAUGGUGUUUCUUACAUAAUUGCAGGAGAAAAUCUUAUAUUUUUCCACGUAUCUAGUAAACGAUCUUCCUCAAAAACGGAUGCUGCAAGAUUUGCAAAGGAGAUAGAGAAGGCACUUGAUGAUAUGAAAAACUUAUUGGGCCAGAAGAAGAAAAUACAUCAGAAUGGAUCUGCAUAAUUUAUUAUUUAAUCUUGCAAAGUGAUUACAAAUGAAAAAAAAUCUAUAGCUUCAAAAUAAUUUGCCUGGUAUAGGGAAAAAUUUAAUGCACUUUUUGAAGGCACUUUUCAUAGACAAUUAUUUUGAUAAAUAAAAAUUUACAAGAAAAUGAUGGGUCCAAAAUUCAAGAUGCAGUAUAGACAAUUGCAUAGAGAUAAUUUUUCAUAAAAUUAUUUUUGUUUAUCAUAUGUAUCAUCAAAUAG